CGGCUGCCUAGUGUUUGUUGUUGGAACCCCACUAUCCUCUCCGCCAUCAGCGAAGCUCUCCUUGUGCCGCUCUUCUCCCUGGUGUAGUUCGACGAACUGGCGUUCUCGUGCUGACCACGACCUAAGAAUCUAGCCUCUUUUUUUCGCUGUCACUGACAGCGUUACAGAGGUUUCCUUAGCGAACCUCUGUCGGAAUUUCCACCGUCUCUUUUGAGGGUUUCUACCCUUUUUUGGAAGUGCAACGUUCGUCCAUUUUUGCUGAGGAGCCUUUAGCUUCUAGCAACAGCAACAGCAGAAACGAGACCUGCUAACAGCGGUUGUGAAUCUUCAUUUUUUUCCUACCGUGUAAACCACGUGGAAAAGGGCGGCAUGGAGAGCUUGAUGGGUACUCAUCUUAUUUUUGGUCAGCAGAACUUGCUGCAGCUUAAGCAGCUUCAGGCUGCUGCUACGGCACUAUCUGCCAGCCAGUAUCUUCCCGUUGACAUGAACCUGCUUCUGCAGCUUCAUAAUCUUUCCGGUAUCCAGAACGAUGUUCCUCUUCCGUCACUCGCUUCGGACGCGCGUCCUCGCCUUACGUGGACCGAUAAGGAGGAUUGCAUGCUGAAGGAGCUGAUUCGCCAGCACGGAACGAACAAGUGGGCUCUCGUUGCUUCUAAAAUCCGCACCAAGACGAACAAGCAGUGCCGUCGCAGGUGGCAGGCGUUUCUGAACGCCAUGGGAAACAAGGGCGUCUGGACUCCCGAGGAAGAUCAGAAGCUUCUCGAAGGUCACCGCCUGUACGGCAACCGCUGGACGGAGAUCGCUCGUAUGGUGCCUGGAAGGACCGACAACGCUGCGAAGAACCGGUUCGCGGCGUUGACGGCGAAGCGUGGUGGUGCCCUUCCUCCGGCUCAGGCCAAGUCGCAUUCCGAUUCGGACGUUUCCGAGAACGGCAGCGCGAGUCAGGUCGGCGAUUCGUCUUCCAUGUUGAGCGACAGACCAGCGAUGAAGAGGAGCCGAUCAUCCGAGUUUCAGUUGAUGGAUCGCGCGGUGAAACCCAAGGUGGAGCUCGAUCUAAACUCCGUCCCCAUGGCUGCUGCAGCAGUCGGCUCCCAGACCAGCAGCGCGUGCUCUGAGGUGGAGCAGUGCCUGGAAGGUUCCUUUCUUCCAGACCUCAACUCCCCUGUUCCUGAGCUGACGCUUUCGCUAUAGGUCAGGCGAGUGCGGUCGCUGACGAGUGAGCUUUCUGAUUAGUCUAGAGGUUUCUCUCGUGCAGGCUCAUGGCUCUAUUUGCCAUUUUUUUCCUGCCCGAAGAGGGUCUCUAGGCAGCUUCAGCAUCUCUAGUACAUGAAUCUGGUAGUCUCUGGGACGGCGGUUGUGUGCAUAGCUAGUUCCACCUUUGGCUUUUUCUUGUCUUCGUGCAAGUUCAUCCCUUUUGGGAAAUGCCAAUGGUCCUCUUUUCUCUUGCUGUGAUACAUUGGUUCUUAGGUU